GUCUUCAUCCACCCGCACACGCGCAACAUGGACACCAAGGCACGCACGCGCAAGGCUAAACUGUUAGCCAACCCACAAGCAAAGCAGUUACAACUCAACUGCCAGAAAAAUCGGGUGAGCACUUUUGUCACCCAACUCAGCCAACAAAACUGUCAAGGGCUCAAAGGACUUGUGAAAACUCUAAUUUGGUCGUGCAUGUUCCUGUGAGCCUGACAUCUCUCUUCAAUGGCUGCCUCUGGCUCCUCCACCACAGUGCCUGAAGGAUUUCACUAUGAGACCAAGUAUGUCAUCCUCAGCUACCUCAGCCUGCUCCCUCCAAGAUCAAGACCCUCAGAGGCCACUGUCACAGAGGGAGAGAGCCACUCUUCACAGGAAACAGAGAGAGAGAGGAAAAGCUGCUUGAAGAGACAGAUUGAGAAUGAGAUGAAGCAGCUGGAAGAGGAAAUUGCAGCCUCCUUUUCCAGGACUGGUUUUGAUAGCCACACAUCCCCAGUGUUCAGUCCAGCUAAUCCAGAGAGCUCCAUAGAGGACAGUCUUACAGUGCUUGGGGACCACGUCUCCCGGGACCUGGACACACACUUGUCCACCGCCACUCAAACACUUCUGAGAAGUGAUUUGAACUUUGAGCAUUUCAAAGCAGUGGUAGAGGAGGUGUCCUCUCAUGCUCAAGAAGGAUGGAGCAAGGUGUUGGUACCAUUAGUAUUGUUACAGACCCUGCAGUCUGAGGGACAGCCACUGGAAACUCUGCUAGAUUAUGGUCUGCGUUACCUUGAAGAAUCACAAGCAGACUUUAUCAUUCAGCAGGGAGGAUGGGGCACUGUGUUCAGCCUUGAUGAAACUGAGGACCCUGGAUUGAUCAUAGCUGAGGACAGUAACGACAUAUACAUCCUGUCAGGUGAACAGGCCUCAGAUCAGCUAAGCUCUCCUGCAUCACUACUGACAGUAGGAGAUAGUAGUGGGCCAGCUUCCUGGCAGACAGAGAGUCUUCCUGUGUCUCUGACAGGACACGAGUCUUGGGCCCAGGUUGGCAUGAUGGACCCAGAAGACAUCAAGAGUCUGGACAGUGCUGAGGGAGUGGCAUUAGCCGAGGAGCAAAGCGAAAACAACUCUUCCAACUCCGACAUUGUCCAUGUGGAACGUGAAGAUGCAGAACUCCUUGAGGAGGGUGGGGAAACGGUUGAGGAAGGGGAGUUGCAGAGUAGUGUUCUCAGUGUGUUGGGUAGUGAGAGUGAACUUGCUGCUGUCAGAGAAGCACCACCACCAGAGCCAGUUCCACCAGCACAUGAGCCAGUUGUGCCUGUAGAGGAACCGAUUGUCAUCACCGAGACUCCUCCUAAAAUAAGUGAUGCUCCACCUCCAGCUUCAGUUGAGCAAGAGCAAGUAGUCUCCCAUCCUGUUGCUGCUUUCAACCCUGUGCCUGAACUUCAAUCCCAGCCAGCUCAGCCAGAGACUGUCCCAGCUCCUGUGGAGCCACCAUCGACAUGCCCAGUAAAAGAGCCUCUUCCUGCCAUGGCCCCAUUACCCGAUCCAGAACCAGAACCUGUCCAAGCAACCCUACAGCAGGAGAUAUUUCCAGAGGUUGAGCAGAAGCCCACCUUGCUUACCGAAGACCUCCCAGUCUCAACUGCUACUGUGGCCCCAGUGCAGAUACAGUCUGUGCCACAGCCGGAGUCCUCCGACCUCCCUGUGCUGCUAUAUGGUGGAGCUGCCCUGGUGGCCAUUGCUGCAGUAGUGGUAUUUGGAGCAUUGGCCUACAGGAAGAAGUAAAAUGUAGUUUAACUGUCUAUGCCCUCACAGUAUAUUUUGCCCUAAUGGAAGCCUGGGCCACUGUGCUGCCAAAAGCUGCACUUUAUGGGAAAAGUACUGUCCUGGUGUCUCAUACCAUUUUGUCUUCAGUUCUCAUGGCUUUUAUUUUUGUAAUAUUUUAAUUUCGUUGGCUUAGCAUCUUAGUCCUUUAAUCCAGCUUAAAGGGAUAGUUCAUCCAAAAAUAAAAAAUUCUCAUCAUUUACUCAUCCUCAUGAUUAAAAAAAAAAUAUAUUUUUUAGAAGAAUAUCACAGCUCUGUAGGUCCAUACAAUG